AUGCAGCUCACAGGCUCCUGCUACUGCCGCGCCCUAACCUACACCCUCACGCUCGACUCCGCCGACGACGCACGCACCUCGCUCUGCCACUGCAAGAACUGCAAGAAGGCCUUCGGCACCAACUACGGCCUGACCGCCAAAGUCGCAAAGGACGCUUUCAAGUACACGUCGGAGAAGAAGCCCAAGGAACACAAAAUGGACAAUGGGAGCGGGACGCAGCUGUAUCGAGAGUUUUGCGACGACUGUGGGAGUUUUAUACUGGAGUACGGGGAGCCGGCGAAGGACAAGUUCCGCUACAUCUGCGUGGGCAGCUUGGAUGAGCCAGGCGCGCUGCCGCCGAAGGGGGAGUUCUUCUGCAAGAAUAGGGAGAAGUGGAUGCCGGAGAUACCUGGUAUAUUCCAUAAGCAGGAGAUUAAGGAAUGA